AUGUCUCAUCAUCUCACCAUCCUUCAGGCUUUGCUGCUGUCACUUUCUGCCCUGGCAAUGGCCUCACUGACGCAAAACAGCCACGGCAGUCACGCUCCAGGCCCACGCAAAAAGUCGAUUAAUGACCGGUCCGCCGCCGAGCUGAUCGCAGCAUUAAACCUGAUUCCCAAUGUAGAGCAUGGCUUCUUUGUUGAGACGUUCCGCGAUGAAUUCACGUCAGGCACGGCCACCAACCGGUCGGCCAGCACUGCAAUCUACUACCUGCUUGAGGGCAAGGUGGGUUGGUCGGCAUGGCACAAGGUCGAUGCGGCAGAAGUAUGGCAUUACUAUGCCGGCGCGCCUCUGACCUUGUCACUGUCAACAAACGAUGGCGUGGGGACCAGGAAUGUCGUGCUUGGCCGGGAGAUUUUCAACGGGGAAAAGCCUCAGGUGGUGGUGCAAAGAGGCGAGUGGCAGAGGGCCAGAAGUACAGGCAAAUGGACCUUGGUUGGGACAACAGUCGCGCCUGGUUUUGUGGAGAAUGGAUUUGAGCUUGCGCCGCUUGGUUGGAUGCCAACGUAA